AAUGACUAGAAAGAGGAUUAGACAUGAGCAACUCGCUAAUGAAAAUAGGCGAAACUCUAUCUUUGCCAAUAGAACUGAAGGGCUGGUGAAGAAGGCUGAGCAAUUGCAGAUUCUUUGCGGUGCCGAGAUCGCCAUCAUCGGCCACCAGCAGGACGGCGAAAACAAUGCCAUUCUUUGGCCGUCGCCGGAGGCGGUGGAAGACCGGGUGAACAAAUUCAUGGAGUUUCCGGUGAUUGAAAGGAACAAAAAAAUGGUAACUCAUGAAAGCUAUAUUGAACAGAAUGUGAAUAGUGAGAGGGAGAGCUUGGCUAAGAUGCAGAAGGCGAUGGCAGUGAAGGAGGGAAAUCAAUUGCUGGCGAAGAAGCCGUUGGACAUGAUGGAGACGACGGAGCUGCAAAUGGUGAAGGUUAUGGCGGCGGAGAUGCUCAAGAAGCUGAGCGCGAGGGGAGCAGAAGUCGGGUUGCCGGCGCAGGGGGCUGGCCCGGCGGAGGGCGAUGGAGAGAUUUUAUUGGACCAGCUGGUUGGGGCAGCUCCUCUUGGAGCGGCGGCGGCGACGGUGGCUGAAGAUCAAGGCCUGAUGCGGGGGAUUGCUGCAGUGGGGGCUGAUAAAUGGUUUUCCAAUGUCCCUAAAGGCAGCGGUGACGGUUCUCUUGGGAUUGGUGGCUUCAUGGGUUAUGCCUUUGCGGCUGGCGGCGGCUCUGCUUCUGGAUCUGGAGGAUUUUCUGCUGCUGGCGGUUCCUCUUCUGGUUUUGCAGGUUUUUCUAGUGGUGCGGCUGCUGUUGGUCGUUCUUCUCCUAGUUUCAGAGGAUUUUCCGGUCCUGCUUCCAUGGGCGGUUCUUCUUCUAGCUUUGCAGGUGACGGCGCUGCUGCUGGCGGUAGUUCUUCUAGUUUUGGAGGAUUCUCCGGCACCGACGUCGACGACUUUGUGUCCUCCGGUUCUGGUCUCGAGAUUGGGAGGCUUUUUGGCGAUGGUUCCUCCAGUGGUUUCGGAGGGCUUUCUGAGGCUGGCGGCGCCGGUUCCUCCGGUGGCGGCGUUGGUGGAUUUUCUGGUGGAAAUAACUAGGCGUUUGCAGCGUGCGUGCGUGGCUGGCAGUGGAAGUGAUGAAUGAUU